AUGGUAGGUUUUUUACCUCCAAGAAUUGGAAAUCUAAAGUCUGCAACAAAGAUGGAUCUAUCGAUGAAUCAAUUCUCAAAUGGAAUUCCUAGAGAAAUUGGAGAAUUACAAAAUCUGGCACACCUUUCUUUGAGACACAACAAGUUGCAAGGAGCUAUACCUGACUCAAUGAGCAACAUGGUAGGUUUGGAAUUCCUAGACCUUUCUCACAAUAAUAUAUCCGGAAUCAUUCCUAAGUCUUUGGAGAAACUUCAAAACUUGAAGUAUUUCAAUGUUUCUGUCAACAAAUUAUUAGAGAAGAAGGAAGAAGAGAGAUCAGAGAAGAAAUGGAAUGGAGAACUUGAUCAUUGA